UCCUUCCUCGUUCAUAAAUUUCUUCCUUUUGUAUGUGAUUCGGGAUAUCAUUUCUUGGAAGAAUUCAGAUUGUUUAUAACAUAGGAGAUCUAGGGAAAUGAAGAACAGAAGAAGACAAUAUGAAUAUUCUUAAGACAAUUAUUAGUUUGGUUUCUAUUAUAUCCAUUAUAGUUGUUCUUCAGGUGAUCUUGUUUUAUGUUCAAAUUCAAAAUAGAUUUCUGUACUACCAAAAUGACCAGAACAAACACUACUCUAUCCGAUCCUUAACAGACACAAAGGACAUACAAAAGUCUACUCCAAGUCGUGCCCUAUAUCCAAGAUUUAAUUUAGAUGACAUAUACCCAAACUGGACAAAAAAGGCUUCACUGAUAAAGUCACAAGUAGAUACAAACAGACGAUAUUUGACUAUAGGUCUGGUGACGGCAAAGCGACCAAAGAACACUGUUUACCUCUACGAUACACUGAGCUCUCUCAUUACAAAUGCUAAUAGUGAAGACUUCAGAGAAAUCUAUAUCGUUAUAAUGCUUUCAGAUUUGGACCAAAAGUGGAGGACAAAUAUAACUUCAGCAAUCAUAAAUAAAUAUCCACAGGAAGUUAAAAAUGGAACUAUCAAAAUAAUUGGGAGCUUUGAUUGGAUGUAUCCAAAGUUACAGAAUCUCACACACCAUCGUAAAUGGCAUUCACAAUCAAAAUCCACGUGGAUAGCAAAACAAAAUAUAGAUUUCGUUCUAUUAUGGUUGUAUGUAUAUAAAACGAGGCUUUCAAAGUUUUAUUUGCAUCUUGAAGAUGACGUCAUAGCAGUUGAAGGAUACACCAAAGCUAUGAAAAAUUUCAUCAACCAACAGAAAGGGGAGUGGACGUGUUUAGAGUUUUCUGAACUUGGCAUGAUAGCUAAAUUAUAUCAUACACAUGACUUAGAAGCACUUGCUAAAAUGGUAGCUUUAUUUUACCAAGAACAACCUGCAGACUUUUCUUAUUUACAAUUUAAUCCACAGAUGCUUCAAUUUCGUCGUAUAAUAAGGAAACCGACGCUGUUUCAGCAUAUGGGGAUAACUUCCUCACAAUGGGGUUAUGUACAGUCACUCAAAGACCGAUUCUUUGUGGGAAAUGUUCAUAAAGAAAUAGGGGAUAAUCCAACCGCAAUAGUAUUGACAAAUUUAAAGUUUCUCCCAGAACAUUCACCUGAGCAUGUAUACAAUACCAGAUAUGGCUAUUUCUGGUCCAAAUCUAAGCCGAAGAAAGAUGAUUACUUUAGAAUUGUAUUCAACAAACCUCAAGCUAUUGAAAGAAUUGUUGUCAAUUCUGGGUUAGAUAUAUUUCCAGCAGACAAAGUGUACAACGCCGUAUUAGAAAUAAGCUCAAAGAAUAAUAACAGAAACGAUUGCAUAGACUACAAUAUAAUAGGAAAGUUUGUGAAUGGUAAAGUUGACGUUCAAAAUGUCCCUUUUCCAUUGAAUACAACCAAAAUACGUUGUAUUCAAAUAAGGUUUCAAAACUCACAAAACUUUUGGGCGAUCAUUCAAGAAAUAUCAAUUUUUCUAAGGCGCUGAGCGGUGUAAACGAAACUUGCAAAUUUUAUCAAAUUAUAAAAAGGAAUAAAAAAAAUUCUCUUAAAAUAUUAUGCUUUUUCUGAUUAUUUCUUUAAAAAUUAUAACAUAACUGAGAAUAUAGGAAAUAAGAGAAUAAGUUAUGCAGCUAUGUAUAAGGGUCUGGAUUGGAGGUCCUUAAAUUAUGUUAUAUUAAUUUUUAAGGGGGUUCGCGGGUAUAAAUCUUUUAUUUUUUUUAAACAUAGGAUUUUGCUAUAUUUUUCUAAAAAUGAACUUUAUCAUAUACUUAAUAGAAAAAUAAAAUAAAAAAAUGGGGUCACCGUUCAUUUAAGCUUACAAUCUGUCUUCGAAAGAAGCAUACAUGUUUGUACAGGUACUUUUUUUUCUGUUAAACUAAUAGGAGAAAUAGAGGUAAUAUUGAAAUAAAAAAAGAACUAAAUUACAGAAAUCGCUCAGAUUUUACAAUAGUUUAGUUUGAGUACAGCUUAUUUGAAAAACAUAAUAAAAAAUAUAAGUCACCGAUGAGUUAAAAAAGAUAUUUCAAUUUUAAUGCAAAAAAAUGGCAUUUUUGCACCAAAGGGAGAUAUUAAAAGUCAUCUUGGGCUAAAACAAAUUGAUUUUUUUGGUUGAUUUUUGUACCAUAUGAAAGAGUAACAACUAAUAAAGUAAUAAAUAAAAUUUGUAAUGAAAAAAAAAAUGUUUAAAUUUUUGCUGAAAUGUUUGUACCCUCGAGCCUCCUUGAGUCAAUUUUCUCUAUUCUUUAUAUUUUAACAGUCCGUUAUUCUCUAUACUUCAUUUUUUGCCUUUUUUUCUAUUCAUUAUUUUUUCCCCCCUUUUUUCUGUAAUAUUGGCCCAUUCUCUCUUCUGUUAACCUCAUCCAGACGCUCAUAUAUUCGAGCGCGUACAUCCAUCACGGGACUUUUCAUGCUAAACAAUACGACAUAAGAUAGGCGUCCUCAUUAAUAUACUUUUGGAAAAGGGAUAUUGCCAUGAAUAUCAUUAUCUGAAGGUUUGAAACUGCAUGUGUGCGAAUCCAAUAUCUAAUCCUAGCUGGAAGUUACCAGAUUAAAUUGAUUGUUUUGUGGAAAAUUAAAAUGUCGAGACAAAUAAACUCAAGAACAAUCCUGAACACCAUACACUAAAAAAAUGAAAGAUUAAGAAAUACGAACUUUUCACAGUUGCCUCUGCACUUGCAAUUUUCUUCAACUUGUGUUUCACAUUUGUGCUCAUCACGUGUAUAUCACACCGGUCAAACGUUUACAUUACAUGCAUUUUACACACAUUUUCUAGUGUUGUAAUCAAUGAAAACAAUUGUAUCGUUAGGUUUAGUGAUCCAACUAAACUCGGUGUCCUUGGAAAAGUUGUAACCAACUAAAUAGUAAUUAUAACCCUGUGGAAAUUAGAGACAAAUAUAAUAUAAUAUUCAUCAUACACGUUCUUUUUUAACAGACUAGACAUAAGCAUAACUAUUGUGGACUAUUGGUCACCUAUUUUUCGAAGAAUUUUUUGAAAAAAAAUUGUAACAUCAAUUUUAUUAUCAAUUACAUACAACAAAUAGUUUUUUUUCAAUUUAUGAUUAAAUUACUAAAGUUCAUAUUUUCGACACAUUUUUUCAUUGGAUUUUCAUUUUCAUUAAUUUGAAAUAUAUUGAUAUCCUGACAUAAGUAGCCGUGCUUGAUUUCGAAAAAAAAAGAGCAUUGAAAAUAGGAUUUUUUUGUAAUUGUGCUGAAAUUAUGUGUUAACUUCAAAUUUCCUGAAACUGGUAUAUUUGCUAAAAAUAUGAUAUUUGAAAAUAAGAAGACGUGCUGUGAUUGCUAAUCUAAUGAGGCAGCUCUCCACCACAGACCAAAUGACGUAGAAGUAAACAAUAAUAAAGUCUACGUACGCCAUUCAACAGUGAGCAAAACCCAUACCGCAACUUGGUUUUAUUUAAAAACCCUGUUCAGUGUGCAUUAGUGAAAAAUACAAAUUACAGUACAGCAGUGUUGUUUGAAUUCCAAUUAAAACUUUAUUGAAUAUAUGUAUAACAUACCAAAUUCUUUGAAAUUUGCCGUCCGUUCUUUAGCAGUUUUACUAGGUUCUUAGUAAAAUAAUGUUUAAAAUAUACAUAUUGUUUUUACAAAAUUACCUAGACGAUUAUAAAGAAUGUUUUG